ACCCUACUAUCAGCCUAGACACAAAAAGGAAGAAAUUCUGGUUUAUGCUACAGCUUUCCCAGAAAACAACCCAACACCACAAACGCUAGCAGCCAUGGCUGAUAAGUACAUUGAUUCACAGAUUAACAGCAACUGCCACCAUAUAUACACGACGAAGGACCACUACUUCCCAGUGCAGCUUGCUAUAGACCUCCACAAUCUUCUUGAGCAAGACGACAGCAGAUCGUUGCCUCUUGUGAGACGUUGUGAAUAUCACGGCCACACAAUCAGCCUAUCUCAAUCGUCUCCACCACGAUCUCCUAGCUCGAUCAUGGCCGGUCGUCGAAAUCUGCUUACCUUUGCCCUUGCGUCACCGCAUCCUACUUCCGUACUUACCUUGAGUUAUUUAGCCGCUCGAUAGUUGCCUGUUGUUCUCCAUUUUCAACCCAAGAUAGAAAAAAAUAAGAAUCUUUGAAAUCCAAACAUGGGUUCACUUACCGGCACCAAAACCCAGCAAGCUCACUUCGUUAUGUUCCCAUUCAUGGCGCAGGGCCACAUGAUCCCCAUGGUCGACAUUGCCAAGCUCCUAGCAUCCCGGCCGGGCGUCUUCGUUACACUCGUGACAACUCCGGUGAAUGCCACCAGAUUCAAGUCCCCGAUCGACCGUGCAAUCAACGAAUUAGGCCUCUCAAUCAAAGUGGUCCAGCUUCGAUUCCCCUGUUCAGAGGUAGGGCUCCCUGAGAACUGCGAGAACGCCGACUUGCUCCCUUCCUUCUCCUCCCUCGUCGAUUUCUUUGUCGCAGCCGCGUUAAUGGAGCCUGAGGUGGAAACCCUGUUCGAAACCUUGAAUAACCCACCACCGAGCUGCAUCAUCUCCGACUUCUGCCUUCCUUACACCAACAGGAUAGCGAAGAAAUUCGACGUCCCAAGGAUCAGCUUCCAAGGCUUCAGCUGCUUCAGCCUCCUCUGCCUCUACUGCAUGAAGCUCCACCGGGACGAAUUCGAGAGCUCCGCGAGGAGCUCCGACCAUGACUACUUCGUCCUCCCGGGGUUCCCAGGAGGAAUCGAGCUCACCAGAGCGCAGCUUCCGAUCCGGUACGAGGAUCUAUGGGAUGGGAUGACGAACAAUGGAACUGAAGUUGAUAUGGGCAAGGCAGAAUUGGAUGCUUAUGGGGUCAUUAUGAACACAUUCGAGGAACUGGAGGCAGAGUACUUGGAGGCGCUCAAGGAGGCAAAACAGGGGAGGGUGUGGUGCGUUGGGCCCGUUUCGCUGACGAAUCGUUUCGAAUUGGAUAAGUUGGAGAGAGGAAACUGCUCCAUCUCCGCGUCCUCUUUGUCAUCGUCGCCAGCUCGAGUCGAUCCAUGUCUGAGUUGGUUGGAUGACAAGGAGCAGGGUUCAGUGAUUUAUGUGUGUAUGGGCUCGAUAUGCAACCUCUCGUCGGCACAGCUGAUCGAGCUUGCUUUAGGUCUUGAGGCGUCAGAUAAGGCGUUCAUGUGGGUCGUUAGGGAGAUUGAGAAAACGAAUGAGCUUUUCAUAUGGAUGGAAGAUGAGAAAUUCGAGGAGAGAGUUUCUCCGAGAGGCAUGGUGAUACGAGGGUGGGCGCCCCAGGUACUGAUCUUAUCUCAUCAUUCGAUUGGAGGGUUUCUGACGCAUUGUGGUUGGAAUUCUUCCUUGGAAGGGAUCAGUAGUGGGGUGCCUCUAGUGACAUGGCCUCUAUUCGGCGAUCAGUUUUGCAACGAAAAAAUGAUCGUCGAGGUGUUGAAAACUGGAGUGAAAGUUGGAGCGUGGCGUCCUACGUACUUGAACGGGAAGGAUGAGACGGAGGAGGUGUUGGUGACGAGGGAGCAAGUGGAGGGAGCAGUAAGACUGGCGAUGAAUGGUGGAGAGGAAGGAGAAGAAAGAAGAAAGAGAGCAAAGAAGCUUGCCGAAAUGGCAAAACUAGCUACAGAAAAUGAAGGGUCUUCCCAUAAGAACGUCACCAUGUUGAUUGAAGAUAUCAUCAAACAUCAAGAGCAAAUGAAACAAAAGGAAAAAAUCGUAUAGUUCUCGAACUUUGAUAAAUUUUUAAAAUAGAUCAUAAUCUUUUGUUGCAAAAGUACUCUUAGUACUUCUCUAUUUUUUCCAUGCAUUGUAAUGCCUAUACUUCAAAAAAAUUUUACAAACAAAUCUUAUUUGGUACAAUAAGGAAUUUCAAUCACUACACGCUAAUAUGUGUUUGAGUAAUUAGAGAAAGAAAAAAAGAUUGAUAAGAAGAUUGAUAAGAAAGAACGAUCAUUUGUCCCUUAAUUAUUCUCCUUAGACCACGUGUUAGUGGAGUUGGAUCAUGGAUCAUGAGAGAAUUAGGAAAACACCCCAGGCCAGAAUGAUAUUAUUAAUAGAAUCACCCACAUGCA